UUGACAUUUGACAUUUCAGUUUGAGGUUAUGUAUUUACAUGCAAAUAGUGACAAUUUUUAUCCGUUUUAUACACCAUGAGUGCGCUGGAGGUUGAAGAAAACGUGAAUUUGCACGAGUUAGUGUCAGAAAAAAUUAAAUUCGGCGAGGAAUUAAUCGCCACGAUACACAAAUAUAAAAAUUUAGAAGGGAUUCAGAAGUUGCAACGAAAGAUAACACAAGAGUUGAAUUUCUUGCGACAGAUCGUAAAGUCGGGGAAGAUUAAAAAAGAACACAUUCAGUGCUCAAAUUUGACACAUUUCUCAGCGGUGGUCAAUACCUUGGGAAACAUUGAAAAAUGUGUCUGUGUUAAUAAGGUGGUGGUUCUGGAUGAUAGGAAAAUUGUUAUUGAUAUCAUAUGUGAUGGGGGGUUGACUUGGAUGAAAGUAAUUGCUAGGAACCCUAAGUCAUUGAGUCAGAUUUGCAUGGGUGAUGCUAGCUAUGGUGUGAGAAGUGUUAUAGACCAUGCUGAAGACUAUCUAGAGUGUGCUAAACUAAACCCGCAUUUAUUUCAGAUCCCAAAGGUAGUAUUUGUUUUUGUUAAUGGCUUAGGAUCUAAUCUGGCUGCCAAAAUAGAGUCACUUGGAAUUAAAGUGGAAGGCGCUAGAUUGAUAAACGUUGACAUUAGCGAAACGGAAGACUCAAACGUGGAUAAAUUUCGAAAAACUGAAAGAAACGACGUAAAUUUAUCAUCGCCGAAUAUUUCGCACAUUACUAGAUUAAAUUUAGACGUGUCAGCAAUGCUAGCGUACGUCAGUUCAGUAUGUAAUGGUAGCGCAGGUCUAUAUGAGUUUCCAAAUGGGGUUCUAGCCCAACAAGCCGAGUGGGAGCGACUGCGACCACAGAAACCCAUACUAGACGAUUUUUUUAAAGGGAAAAAACUGUACUGUUGCGAAACCGCUAGAGACAGUUUUAUCAGCAUAGUCAACACGGUUGGAGGACCUAGUGAAAAAAAGCGCUCUGAAGAAUUUUUAAACCAAGUCAAAGUUCUUCCAGACGACGCUAGCGUCGAAGAUACCGAAGAAAAAAAUAUCGUUAGAAACGUCCAACUAACCCCUGAUAAAACCCUCUCAGUCGGUGGCAAAAUCAAAGAACGGUCUCUCACGAUCUUCACUUUCGGGGACCGCAUUGGCGCCGUCACCGUGACGUCCAACGACGGGUUCGUGCGGGCGGCCAAGCAACAGGGAAUCGAUUUCGUGGUGUUCGUGCACGAAUCGCGGGCCUUGACUGAGCAAAAGGAGCAAACCAGAGGAGUCCGAAGCGAGGAAAAAUAGCAGCAGAUUUUUUUUACACAGCAUCACAGUUGCGUGCCUUUAUUUAUCAACUGCCAGAGUUUAUAAGUUAGUUUGUUUGAAUAAAACGCUCACUUAACUGAAA